UUCCAAAAAUACACAACGCUUGUCUGAUCGCUAGCAAAAAAGGGAUUUUACCAGAUCCUAGUGAUGAAAGCAUGAUGUUAAGAUUCUACAAUUGCCUCGCCUUUAUUAUGGAAAGCCAAUUGCAAAAUAUUUGUUUGAGAUCGAUGGAGGAUUAUGUCGAUUAUUUAUUAGACGUUGGUUAUCAUAAUUGUGGCUUUAAUCUGGAAGUUGUGGUACGGAACAAAAGCAUUGGUUUCAAUCCAUCCUUUAAACUCUAUAUUGAUACGCUACUCGGCUUAUUAAAUUCUCUCUUUACUGCAGUUUCUGUCUACGCAAGAAUGGAAACAAAGCUUUACGAGAAUUACGUCACGUCUCCGCAUCGCCAGUCUCUGCUGCCUGUUAUUCUAAACGAAAUAGUAGAAGAGCAUGGUAAAAAAAUAAUAGAAUUGAUACAAGAACACAGAAUCGGCCCAGAGCUUCAACUCCACGAAUUCAAUAACUACAUGUCCUUAGUUAAUAAUGAAUCUAGACAAUUUGUUGGUGAAUUUCUGAGAGCUGAUCCUCCACAUAGUUUUCAAGAAUACAGUGAACUAAUUAAACAGUAUGAUGAAUUAUCGAAAAAUAUUCCUGUCGAAUUUGAACGCACUGCUUUCACUGGGCUUUUCGAAGUUCACAGAAAAGAAUUUUUGGACUACAUUGCUGACAAUGCCAGAAGUCUCAAGGAUGAUUUAGUUAAUAGAAUGGUUUUGGACUAUCAGUGCAAAUCUAAAGCGAUAGGAGAAGAGUAUCAAAGCAUUGCUGAUCAAGCAUUAAGCAAACCUCCAAAUACCGCUGAAUUAAUGAAACUCAGGGCUUUUGUUCAAAAGGCAGAAACUGAAAUGGUUUAUACUUUGGAAGACAAACUCAGGGAAGUAAUGAACUACAUUAUAUUUCUUUCGGAUUAUACUUUACUAACCCCGGUGGAAAUAAAAACUAACAAUUUUGCUUUUCAAUGGUAAGAUUUUCUCCGGAUUGAAAAAUUCCAACAGGACCUUCAAUUAUAUUGGAAAUAUUGCAAUGAAAUGCAAUACUGGGGCAAUGUUGAAGAGAUUUUUCGCUAUCAAAAAAAGGCAACGAGACUUGAAAGUCGUCUGAUGACUGCCAUGGAGUCAAUUGAUAAAUUCAAUGAAGAGGAACAAAUGUUUGGUUGGGAACUGUCUCAAUACCCCUUAAGAAAAAUGAUUGCAGAAAAGCUCGGGCCUUACAAAAAAUUUUACGACUCAGCCUGUGAUUUUCUGACGAAUCACAGUAACUGGAUGAACUCGAUGGUUGGAUCUCAUGAUCCUGAUGAUAUUGAGACAGUUUCGGGUACAUUAUUCCGCACUAUUUUCAAAUUAGAAAAAGCUUUCCAAGAGCCAGCUGUUAGAAAAUUGGCAGAAACUGUAAGAGUAAGCAUCGAAGAAUUCAGAGAGCAUAUGCCUUUGAUAUUGACUCUUGGAAAUCCGGGUAUGAAAAGCCGCCAUUGGGAGCAAGUCUCAGAGAUUGUUGGGUUUCCUAUCAAAGUCGACGAGCAUAUGACCCUGGCUAAGAUAGUCGACUUUGGACUGGACGAAUAUGUACCUAAAUUUGAAGGCAUAUCAGAGGCUGCAACGAAAGAGAAUAAUCUAGAGAAAGCUUUACUCAAAAUGCAUGCGGAUUGGACCGAAAUACAAUUUUCAGUGAAUUCAUAUCGGGAUACUGGAACUUAUGUGAUUGCUAGUAUUGAUGAUAUUCAAUUAUUACUUGAUGAUCAUCUAACCAAGGCUCAAACCAUGAAGAACUCUCUCUACAUAAAACCAUUUGAAAAAGAAACACUAGAUUGGGAAUCCAAGCUACAUUUGCUACAAGAUAUUAUGGACUAUUGGCUUAAAGUUCAAGCUACUUGGAUGUAUUUGGAGCCCAUAUUUUCUUCCCCUGAUAUCCAGCAGCAAAUGCCGGAAGAGGGUCGUCGCUUUAGUGCUAUUUGGAGGGACAUCAUGUCAUCAGUAGUAGCAAAUCCAAAAGUCAUGUCUGUAGUAGACAUUGAGAAGAUGUUAGAUCGUCUAAAGAAAUCCACAAAUUUACUGGAACUAAUUCAAAAGGGGCUGAAUGAUUAUCUUGAAAAAAAGAGACUAUUCUUCCCCAGAUUUUUCUUCCUGUCCAACGACGAGUUAUUGGAAAUUUUAUCAGAAACAAAGGAUCCGACGAGGGUUCAACCCCAUUUGAAAAAAUGCUUUGAAGGAAUCGCAAAAUUGAGUUUCACACCCCAGAUGGAAGUAACGAUGAUGAAAUCCUCUGAAGAUGAACAGAUAACCCUAGAGGAUAUAAUCGAUACUGCAGCAGCAAGAGGUCAGGUUGAAAAAUGGUUGGUCGAGUUAGAAAUUGCCAUGAAGAAAAGUGUUAGAGCUCAAGUCAUUCGAUCAAAAGAUGACUAUCUCAAAAAGUUCCGAAAAAAAUGGGUCCUCGAAUGGCCAGGACAGACAAUUCUUUGCAUCUCACAACUUUAUUGGACUGCUGACGUCACAGCCGCUUUUCCUAUAGCCGAUGGCUUAAAAAAUUACAUAGACGUGUGUAAUCGCGAGCUUAACCAAAUCGUUAUUCUCGUUCGAGGAAAGCUUUCAAAACAAAAUCGUACCACCUUAGAGGCUUUAGUAACGAUAGACGUUCAUUCUAGAGAUGUAUUAGUAGAAAUUUAUAAACAGAAUGUCAAAAAUGAUACAGAUUUCAAGUGGCUUUGUCAGCUUCGUUAUUACUGGAUCGAUGAAAAUAUGCUGACAAUGAUGAUCAACUCUUCUUUAAAAUAUGGUUACGAAUAUCUUGGAAACACUUCUCGCUUAGUUAUAACUCCACUAACAGAUAGAUGUUAUCGGACUCUCUUUGGAGCUUUAAGUUUGCAUCUUGGUGGGGCUCCAGAAGGUCCUGCUGGAACUGGAAAAACAGAAACCACAAAAGAUUUAGCAAAGGCUGUCGCCAAACAAUGUGUAGUCUUUAACUGUUCAGACGGUUUAGAUUAUAUCGCUUUAGGAAAGUUCUUUAAAGGUCUUGCUUCCUCUGGAGCUUGGUCUUGCUUUGAUGAGUUCAACCGAAUCGACCUCGAAGUAUUGUCUGUGGUUGCACAACAGAUCUUAACCAUUCAAAGGGCAAUCAAUACUGGAAAAUCAACCCUUGUUUUCGAAGGAACUGAAAUUGGUUUGGAUCCAACAUGUGCUAUUUUCAUUACAAUGAAUCCUGGAUAUGCUGGCAGAACGGAGUUGCCUGAUAACUUGAAGGCUCUUUUCCGUUCGGUAGCAAUGAUGGUGCCCGAUUAUGGAUUGAUAGCAGAAAAUACACUUUACUCUUAUGGAUUCUAUAAUGCUCGACCCUUGUCUGUAAAAAUCGUAAUGGCCUAUCAACUCUGCUCAGAGCAACUAUCGACCCAAAACCACUACGACUAUGGAAUGAGAGCCGUUAAAUCGGUUCUUGUGGCUGCUGGUAACCUCAAGCUGAAGUACCCAAACGAAAAUGAAGAUAUCUUGAUGCUACGGAGCAUUAAGGAUGUCAAUCUACCGAAAUUCUUAAGCCCAGAUCUGCCACUCUUUCAUGGCAUCACGUCAGACCUUUUUCCAAAUGUCGUAUUACCAGAACCAGAUUACACUCAUUUAAAUACUUGUACUUAUGAAGCAUGUGCUGCAGCAAAUAUACAAUGCACGCCAGCUUUUCUAGAAAAAAUUCAACAGAUUUACGAAAUGAUGAUCGUGCGCCAUGGAUUUAUGAUCGUUGGAUAUCCUUUCGGGGGAAAAUCGACAGCUUAUAGAAUUCUGGCAGAGGCUUUAGCCCUAUGCGAAAAAAGAAAUUUGAUGCAUGAACACAAGGUCGAGAUAACAGUCAUAAAUCCAAAAUCCAUAACCAUGGGCCAAUUGUACGGACAAUUUGAUCCAGCUUCCCAUGAAUGGAGCGAUGGUGUUCUUGCAGUCAGUUAUCGAGCUUUUGCAGUCUCCACAAAUGAAAACAGAAAGUGGUUAAUUUUUGACGGACCCAUUGAUGCUGUUUGGAUAGAAAAUAUGAACACGGUCUUGGAUGAUAAUAAAAAAUUGUGCUUAAUGAGUGGAGAAAUUAUUCAGCUGGCACCAACCACUAAUCUUAUCUUUGAACCUAUGGAUCUCGAGGCUGCUUCUCCUGCUACUGUUUCACGUUGUGGCAUGAUCUACAUGGAACCUUCAGCUUUGGGAUGGGAACCCUUAUUAAAAUCUUGGAUUGAGACGACGCCUGCUGUUUUUAGCAAAUGGCUGAGAAACUUUCUAUAUGAUUCCCUUUUUCUGCGAUUCUGCAAACCACUGUUUUUUUUAUUACGACGAGGUGGGAUUGAGGAAAUAUGUCCAAUGCCCGAUUCAAAUCUCUUAAGAUCAAUAACUUAUCUGAUGGACUGUUACCUCGAUGACUAUAAGGAUGAAAAGUUAGCCGCAGGCAUUAGUGAAUUAGACCUAAGAGCACAAGUUGAGGGAUCUUUCUUCUUUUCCUGCAUCUGGGCAAUGGGCGGAACCCUAAAGGCACAGUAUAGAGAAAUGUUUAGUAUUUUAUUCCGUGGUCUUUUAGAAAAACAAUUUCCUGCUUCUCUGGCAAAGCAAUUUAAUUUGCCUGAACCAGUGCCUCCACCUCAUAAGCCUUACAUCUUCGUGAUGCCUAAAGAUGGUCUCGUUUUUGACUACAGAUUCAUCAGAGAGGGUAAGGGAAAAUGGAAAUUGUGGUCAGAUGAACUUCUAAACACACCUUCAAUUCCAAGGGAUAUCCCUGUAAACCAAAUAAUCGUACCAACUAUCGAAACAGUUAGAUAUACAGCCCUUUUCCAAAUGUUGGUGCAACAUCAGAAACCAGUUCUCUUUGUUGGGUCCACUGGUACCGGAAAAUCAGUUUAUGUGACUGAUUUUUUGCUAAAGAAAAAUGACACAGUGGUUUAUAAGCCCUUGAUCAUGAACUUUUCGGCUCAAACUACAGCCAAUCAGACUCAGGAUAUCAUCAUGAGCAAACUUGACAGAAGAAGAAAGGGAGUUUAUGGCCCUCCAAUUGGAAAACGGUGGGUUGUAUUUGUGGAUGAUGUAUCCAUGCCUAUGAAAGAAAUGUAUGGAGCACAGCCACCUAUUGAACUUCUUCGACAAUGGUUGGAUCAUUGGCUAUGGUAUGAUCGAAAGGAAAUUACACCAUUGAAUUUGAUAGAGAUCCAACUGAUGUGUGCGAUGGGUCCACCAAUUGGUGGAGGAAAAGAUGUCUCGCCCAGAUUUAAGAGACACUUUUUUGUUUUAACCAUUUCCGAAUUCGAAGACGAAGUCAUGAUAACCAUAUUCAGUAAAAUUAUUCUCUGGCAUCUUGACACAAGAGGAUUUAGUAAGGAUUUCGACCCAUGUAUUGACCAGAUCGUACUAGCAACUUUAGAUAUGUAUAAACAAAGUCUAAAAAAUCUUUUGCCAACUCCAGCAAAAUCCCAUUAUAUCUUCAACCUUCGUGAUUUUUCUAGAGUGAUACAGGGUGUUCUUCUAUCUGUUCCUGAAACUAUGCCCACUUUGGUGAAUAUGAAAAGGCUUUGGGUACACGAAGUCCUUCGAGUUUUUGGGGAUCGUCUUGUGGAUCAACUUGAUAUGAACUGGCUCAUCAAACAGUUACAUUUUACUGUUAAAGAACGAAUGGAAACAGAUAUGGAUGAAAUGUUUAGUGAUCUUUUAGACGGAAAUAAGAAAUCGGUGGGUGACGAUGAAUUAAGAAAGCUAGUUUAUUGUGACUUCACGGACCCAAAGGCAGACGUUCGAUUAUAUCAAGAAGUAGCAGAUUUGGAACACUUACGUGGUAUUGUAGAGACAUAUCUAAUCGAGUACAACUCGAUGACAAAGAAACCUAUGAAUCUAGUUCUCUUCAGAUUUGCUAUUGAACAUUUGUCAAGAAUAUCAAGAAUCAUCAAACAACCACGAAGUCAUGCCCUUCUAGUUGGUGUUGGUGGUUCUGGAAGACAAUCUCUAACCAGAUUAUCAUCCCAUAUUUGUGACUACGAUGUGUUCCAAGUAGAAAUAAGUAAACAAUAUAGCAUGCAUGAAUGGCAUGAGGAUAUUAAAUUAAUUCUGAAAAAAACAGCAGCUACUGAACUCCAUUCUACUUUUCUCUUUACUGAUUCUCAAAUUAAGGAAGAAAUUUUUCUGGAGGAUAUUAACAACAUGUUAAAUUCAGGCGAGGUUCCUAAUCUUUUCAGUGCUGAUGAAAAAGCUGAGAUCUGUGAAAAAAUGCGCCAAGUUGAUCGACAAAGAGAAAGAUCGAUGCAAACAGAUGGAAGUCCCGUUGCUCUCUUUAAUUUGUUUAUUCAACUAGCUCGUGAGCAGCUGCAUAUCGUUGUCGCUAUGUCUGCAGUUGGCGAUGGUUUCCGAAAUAGGAUCAGAAAGUUUCCAGCUCUUGUUAAUUGUUGCACCAUCGACUGGCUUCAGCCUUGGCCCGAAGACGCUUUACUAGCUGUAGCCACAAGAUUCCUUGGUGAAGUGGAACUCGCAGAUCACGAGAAAAAAUCUGGUAUCGAAAUGUGCCAGUUUUUCCACACUUCCACCCAAAAAUUAAGUCAAGAGUUUUUGGCACGCCUUGGAAGACAAACCUAUAUUACCCCUACUUCAUAUUUGGAAAUGAUUAGUACUUUUAAAGAUUUGCUGAGCAAAAAAAGAAGUGAGAUAAUAUUGGCAAAAGCAAGAUACGAAGGAGGUCUUGGAAGACUGGAUGGAACCCAGAAAGAGGUUUCUGAAAUGCAAGAUACGUUAAAACGUCUUCAGCCUCUAUUAGUUACAUCUGCUGAAGAUGUUCAAAAAGUUUUAGGUACUGUUGAAAAGGAAAGUGCUGAAGUCGUUGAAAUUGAGAAAGUUGUAAGGGUUGAUGAAGAAGCAGCUAUGGAAGUGGCAGCACAAGCAGCUGAAAUAAAAGCAGAAUGUGAUGCGAAUUUAACAGAGGCAAUGCCAAUUUUGCUCAAAGCUCAAGCAGCUCUAAACACUCUAACUGUAGCUGAUAUUGCUGUAGUUAAGGCUAUGAAAAGCCCACCAGCUGGAGUCAAAUUAGUCAUGGAAAGUAUUUGCAUUCUUAAGGAAGUUAAACCUGAAAGGGUACAAAUGCCAGAUGGAAGGAUGGGUGAAGACUAUUGGAAAGUAUCAUUAAAGGUUCUAAGUGAUGUGAAAUUUCUGGAUUCUCUGGUUAACUUUGAUAAGGACAAUAUUCCUGACCAAGUUAUCGAGAAGAUUAGAAAACAUUAUUUAACCAAUGUGAACUUUGACCCGGAGAAAAUUAAGACUGCUUCAACUGCUUGUGAGGGUCUUUGUAAGUGGGUUUAUGCAAUUUCAGAAUAUGAUAAAGUUGCAAAGGUAGUGGCUCCAAAGAAAAAAUCUUUGGCAGAAGCUCAGGCUGUUUAUAAUGACGCGAUGGAGAAGCUAAAUGUCAAGAGAGAACAAUUGCGUCAUAUUCAGAAAAAACUGACAGCACUGGAAGAAAUAUUGACGAAAAAGAAAGCUGAUUAUCAAGACUUGAUCGACAAGGUUAGCGAUUGUGAACUGAAACUGAAACGAGCAGAGGAACUGAUUGGAGGAUUAGGUGGAGAAUAUAUUAGAUGGUCUGAAGCAGCUGAAGCCUUAGGCAACAGAUAUUUUCGUUUAACUGGAGAUAUAAUCAUCGCUGCUGGAGUCGUUGCCUACUUAGGGCCAUUCACAAUGUCUUUUAGAGUCAAACAAAUAGAAACUUGGGCUCAGCUCUGUAGCAGGUUAAAUGUAGUCUGUACUCAAGAUUUUCAACUAAGAGAUGUGUUAGGCGAUCCUGUUUUGAUCAGAUCCUGGAAUAUUGCCGGCUUGCCAACAGAUUCAUUUUCUGUUGACAAUGGGAUCAUCGUAAAGAAUGCAAGACGAUGGCCUUUGAUGAUAGAUCCUCAAGGCCAAGCCAACAAAUGGGUUAAAAACAUGGAAAAGCAGAACAGCAUGAAUAUCAUUAGACUUUCUCAAAACGACUAUCCCAGAAUUUUAGAAAAUGCGAUUCAAUUUGGUCAACCGAUACUGUUAGAAAAUAUCGGACAGGAACUAGAUGCAGUUUUAGAGCCAAUUUUGCUGAAAUUAACUUUUAAACAAGGUGGAGCUUUGUGUAUCAAAUUUGGGGAUGCUAUUGUAGAAUACCACUCUGAUUUCAGAUUGUACAUAACAACGAAAUUGGGGAGCCCACAUUACCUGCCCGAAAUUGCUGUUAAAGUAACACUCCUAAACUUUGUGAUAACUCCUGCUGGCUUGGAGGAUCAACUUCUCGGAAUUGUGGUAGCAAAAGAGAGACCAGAUCUAGAAUCCGAGAAGAAUUCUCUUAUUAUUCAAGGAGCUUCUAACAAAAAGCUUCUGAAAGAGACAGAGGAUAAAAUAUUGGAAGUUCUAUCUGUAUCAGAAGGGAAUAUUCUCGAGGAUGAGGAAGCAAUAAAUGUCUUGACUUCUUCGAAAGUAUUGAGUAACGACAUCCAAGUUAAACAAGCUACAGCUGAGAUUACAGAAAAAUCAAUUGAUCUGACAAGAUUGCAGUACCAACCGAUUGCAGUUCACUCUACAGUCCUUUUUUUUACUGCAGCUAUUCUAGCAAACAUCGAUCCUAUGUAUCAAUACUCUUUGACCUGGUUCGUGAAUCUCUUCAAAAUGGCCAUUGACAAUACGGAACCCCAAGAGAGCGUGGAAGAUCGACUCAAGGACCUAACCAAAUACUUCACCUACUCCCUUUACGUAAAUAUCUGCAGGUCCCUCUUUGAGAAAGACAAACUACUCUUCUCGCUUUUACUGACUGUUAACUUGUUAGACAAUCAGGGGAAAAUCUCAAAACCCCAUUGGAUGUUUCUUUUAACCGGGGGCGUUGGUCUUGACAACCCUCAUGUCAACCCUACUCAAUGGCUCGCAAUUACAUCGUGGAAUGAAUUAUGCAGGCUCGACGAUGUUGAAGGAUUCCAAGGAAUUAGAUCAGCUUUUAUGAAAAAUCUAGAUCAAUGGAAGAAGCUUUUAGACGCAAAGGAACCGCAAAUCGAAUCUUUUCCAGAACCUUUCCAUACUUUGUCGAAGUUUCAGAGGAUACUGGUGCUCAGGUGCAUUCGCCCUGAUAAAGUCGUUCCUGCCGUUCAAGGAUUCGUAGAAGCCGAACUAGGUGCAGAAUUCGUGGAUCCACCUCCCUUCGACUUGGCAGCCUCUUACGCUGAUUCGAACUGUUGCAUUCCCUUAAUAUUUAUUUUGACUCCUGGAGCAGAUCCAGCACAAGUGAUGCUGAAGUUCGCCGAUGAUCAAGGAUUUGGAGCUAACAGACUCUUCUCUUUAUCGCUUGGACAAGGCCAAGGACCAAUCGCAUACCAAAUGAUAAAUGAUGGUGUUAAAUACGGAAACUGGGUUGUACUUCAAAAUUGCCACCUUGCAAAAAGUUGGAUGAGCACUCUAGAGAAGAUUUGCGAGGGUUUGAUGCCUGACACAAUUCAUCCAGACUUUCGAUUAUGGUUGACUAGCUACCCAGCAAAACACUUCCCAGUCACAAUUUUGCAAAACGGGAUUAAAAUGACAAACGAACCACCAAAGGGCCUGAGAGCUAACAUUAUCAGAUCCUAUCUGAGUGAUCCUAUCAGUGACUUAGAAUUCUUUGAGUCUUGCAAACAGGGUGAGGCUUUCAAGAAACUCCUCUACUCUCUCUGCUUCUUCCAUGCUAUUGUGCAAGAAAGGAGAAAAUUCGGCCCUAUUGGAUGGAACACUCCCUACGAAUUUAAUGAAACUGAUUUAAGAGUCAGUAUUCUCCAACUGCAUAUGUUCUUGGAUCAAUAUGAUGAUGUACAGUUCGAGGCUCUGAAGUAUCUUACUGGCGAGUGCAAUUAUGGGGGAAAAGUCAGUGAUGAGUGGGAUCGCAGGACGCUGACUACUAUUUUAGAAAAAUAUUACAGAGAGAAAAUUAUCGAAGAUGAAACGUUUUACUUUGAUGAGACAACUGAUAUCUACUAUUGUCCGACUGCUAAAGAAUACGAUGCAUAUUUAGAAUAUAGUAAAAAUCUGCCAUUCAUUACAGCACCUAGUGUCUUUGGUAUGAAUGAAAAUGCUGACAUCAUUAAAGAUCAGCAAGAGACAGAGCUUUUAUUCUCGUCACUUUUGCUUACUCAGGAAACAUCAUCAGGGACUGGAGAGCUUUCGAGUGACGAUGUGGUUUCCGGAGUUGCAACGGAUAUUCUCAGUAAACUUCCGAAAGAUUUUCAUUUGAGAGAAGCACUUGAGAAGUAUCCAACUUCUUAUAGCCAAAGUAUGAAUACAGUAUUAGUGCAGGAGAUGGGAAGAUUUAAUAAACUGUUGCAGUGCAUAAGAAAUAGCCUUAUAAAUUUAAAAAGGGCCAUACGGGGAUUUAUUGUGAUGACCUUCGAACUUGAAGAAGUCUUCGGAUCCAUAUUAAUUGGCAAAAUUCCUUCUUUAUGGAAACGAAAUUCUUAUCCAUCUUUAAAACCUUUAGGGAGCUACAUUAUCGAUUUCCUCGAACGUUUAAAAUUCUUGCAGAUGUGGUAUGAACAUGGAUCUCCUUCAACUUUCUGGUUGUCAGGAUUCUAUUUUACGCAAGCCUUCUUAACUGGGGCUAGGCAAAAUUAUGCAAGAAAGUACCACAUUCCUAUCGAUGUUUUGGUUUAUGAUUUUGAACUACUGAAGGAUACAAAAUUCAAAGCCCCUCCAGAUGAUGGGGUUUAUGUUUAUGGCUUAUUCCUGGACGGGGCCAGAUUUAAUAUGCAGAAAAUGAUUCUGGAUGAAAGUCUUCCUAAAGUUUUAUACGAUAGUAUGCCUUAUGUAUGGCUGAUUCCAGUCAAGAAAGAAGAAAUUAAAGAACGGAAAACGUAUACUUGCCCAUUGUAUAAAACUAGCGAGCGCCGAGGUGUUCUUUCUACAACAGGCCAUUCAACAAAUUUUGUUAUAGCGAUGAGACUUCCAACAAUAAGACCAGCAGAACACUGGAUUAUUAGAGGCGUUGCUAUGCUUUGUCAAUUAACACAAUAAAGGAGAAAUGAGUAUUUAACAAAAUAUCGCAAUUUUUUUAACAUUAAAUAUAUUUUCAAUAAAAUCAGUACUCAUCUAUAGAAAUC